AUGCUUGUAGUGAGGUUCUUAGGUUCUUCUAGACGCAGCUUGCUCGAGGCCUGUUUGGUGGAGAUCCGCAUCCGAGGGCGGUCACUGACAGGCCAUCUGGGAGGCCUUCCCCGCGAGCUCACGAGUCUUGACCUCUCGGCGACCCAGGUCCAGGGAAACACCCUGGCCUUGGCGAACCUCACCCAGCUGAAGAGCCUGAUCCUCACCAGCACCAAUCUCACUGGUGACUUGAAGCCCCUCACAGCCCUCACCCAGCUGAAGCACCUGCAACUUUCCAGCACGUGGGUCACUGGUGACCUCGAGCCUCUGAGAGCCUUCCCGCAGCUCAGAAACCUUGUACUUGGCCACACCCAGGUCACUGGUGACCUUGAGCCCCUGAGAGCUCUCCCACACCUGAGAUACCUCAAACUUUGCUACAGCCAGGUCAACGGUGACCUCGAGCCCCUGAAAGCCCUCGCGCAUCUCAGAAACCUUUUCCUUGCUCAUACCCACGUCACUGGUGACCUUUCGCCCCUGAGAGGCCUCACGCAGCUUGGGAGCCUAAACCUUGGCCACACCCAGGUCGCCGGUGACCUUGAGCCCUUCAGAGCCCUCAGGCAGCUCGCAAUCCUAUAUCUUACCCACACCCAGGUCACCGGUCACCUUGAGCCCCUCAGAGCUCUGACAGCGCUCAGAACGAUACACCUUGGCCACACCCAGGUCACCGGUGACCUUGAGCCCCUGAGAGCCUUCACGUCCCUGCGCAGACUUCAUCUACAGGACACUCAGGUGAAGUUCGACAUUGAGUUCCUCACCAAGUUCCCAAAUCUCGAAAAGGUUGACCUUAGCUCAACGCACGUUCGAGGACGCCUCUCUGCAUCCUGGCGCGGGAAGCUACGGAAGCUUCACUCCCUGGACCUGUCCGGGAGCCACGUUGAGUUCCUUCCCAGCGGAACCGAGCUCCGAGAUAAGCUCUACACCAUGGAUGAAUCCCAGCAGCUCCUGCCGUCCCUGGUGACUUUGGACGUGUCGGACUGCCCUCUCAACGGGCCAGUUGAGGACUUUCUGUUGCCGCUGAAGGCUUCCUGGCACCUGGCCCGGCUGUUGGCGAAGCGAGCCAACCUCUCCGGGCGCCUGCCCGACAUAGCUUGUGUGAACGAAGCAUACAUCGACGAUUUUUUGUCGCCGAACAGGUGCAGCCUCCCAUUGUCCCAGUCCCUGCAGUCCCUAGAUCUUUCAGGUAAUAGGAUCACUGAGGUCGAGGCGCUGAACAUCGAGGCUUACGUUUCCCGAGUGUCACUGGCGGAGAACCCACCCAUAACCUUCGCAAGGGGCUUCCUGCAGAAUGCUCUUAAGAAGGACCUGCAGCUGGACCUGAGAGGAACUCUCCUCACAAAUACGGAUGAAAUCUCGAGUCUCUUCAGCACGGGUGCUCUGAAGACGACGCCGCAUCCGACAUCAAUCAAUGCAUCUGGCGGCUACGCCUGCCACGAUGUCAUUUCCAGCUCCCUGAGAGUCAAUCCACACUUGUUCUGGCCAGCAGGUCUUUGCGGCUGCAUGGAAGGUUACCAGGGAAAGGGCAUCCAGUGCAGGCUUUGCGGCCGUGGCUUUUACAAUGAGGCCUUCAACAGCAGCACAUGCCGCGCGUGCCCAGACAACAGCACCUCGGCCAAAGGGACCACCUCCGCCGACGGCUGCCAGUGCAAUGUGGGCAGGAUGAGUGCAGAUGCGUCUGGCAAGGAGGCCUGCCAAUGCGAAGCGGGAGCACAUGCGAAGACUGCAGCAUGCUCCACAUGGAUUGUCCCGUUGGAAGCGCAGUCGAAACUGCAAAGCCUCAGGUGCCUACAGCCGGACGAGGAGCGCUGCAACUCUUCGGCGAGUAGCUCAGAUCUGGGCUGUGCCGACGGCUAUGAGGGGCCUCUCUGCGUGGCAUGCUCGGAGGGCUACCGCAGCCACUCCAACCGCUGCAUCAAAUGCACUAUGGCCUCCGGCGACACUCGCCCGGCAGCGGCUGGUGCGUUUGUCACGAUCCUAGUGGUUUCGGCACUGUUGGCUGGCACCUUCCUCUGGAGGAGUCGUGCGACAGACCGUGCACCAGCAGACGCAGCACCGGCCACGCAGGGCGUCUUGAAGGCUCUGCUCUUAGCUCAAGGCCCUGUGCUCCUCCAGCUCUUCCAGCUGUGGGGCGUGCUGUUGGCCCUGUCCACACGAAGGGUCCAAGGAGGUGGUGGAUCCAGUGCAGGUUUUUGGGAGCAGGAGUACGUGCAGUGGCUGCAAUUGACAGCGAAGGGUUUCCGCGAUGCCUUGAGCUUGGAAUGCACAUAUGGCAGGAGGGCUCAAUCCCUCAGCGCCUUCGCCUCGCCGUGCGUCCCACUGCUGCUCCUGGCACUCUGCAUGCCUUUGGAGGCAUUGCAGCAUGGAGCCGGCGUCAACUGGGCACUGAAACUGCUGACGGCGCUCUUCAUCGGGGGAGCUUCCAGCUGCACGGCUCUGCUCAGCUGCCGCCACGUGGAUGGAGGUGGCGAGCCGUUGCAAGAGCAUGCCUUCCGUGUGGCCUUGCCAUUGGUGAGGUGCGAUGCAAGGGGUGGAGAGGCAGCUUGGGCGCCCCGGUCUUGGAAAGUUAGCAUGGGCCCAAAGUCCUGGUUCAGGGCCCUUCCCCUAAGCUUAGCGAACUGGCCCCGCACGUUUCAGCGUUGUCAACGCACGUUUUAA